GCCCGUGACGUCUGGUCAUUCUUUAUAAAGUCUGAGAACCGCCAUCAUUGCGCUUUCUGCAUGUGCAUCUUCAAAGAUAAUGAGCUUCCCAGAGCAUCAGACUUUGGCUCAAAAACAAGUACUGAUAUCUUACAGCACCACUUGCUUGAUUACCACACCACUUCAUGGCUGACGAAGUGUGACAAUCAGGGUAUACAGGUGCGCUCUACUCAAAAGCGAUAUCAAGAUGCGAUCCGCAAAUUUCACCUCGACCAAGGGAAGCAAUCUUCCAUAUUUAACAGUACUGGACAUUGUGCAUUCUUGCAUGAAGCGUUCAUUGAUUCGCUAGUUGCAUGGGUCAUUGCUGAUGAUCAG